GACAUUUUAAUCUCUUUGUUUUUGCAACAAUGGGCUCAAAUUCAACAUGGACUUGGGAGCAAGACAAGAAGUUUGAGAAUGCAUUGGCUAUUUAUGAAGAGGACACACCAGAUAGGUGGCGCAAUGUGGCUAAGGCCUGUGGCAAGACUGAGGAAGAAGUGAAACUGCACUAUGAAAUACUUGUGGAAGAUAUCAAAAACAUUGAGUCUGAUAAAGUUCCUUUGCCUAAAUAUUGCAAGGCAAGUGCUGGCCACAAGAGCAAGGGCUACAACAGCAAGGAUGCAUCACGAAGGCUGAGGAAUCUCAAGCUCGAUUAGAAGCAAUAAAUGGCAAAGAAGAUGGUGAAACUCAAGUGCAGCAAACAAAUAACAAAAGAAGGAUAUUUAGCUGAAAAUGCACAACACCAUUUAUUUUCAUUUAGUUUUUCAAUGGAUAUUUUUAUAUAAGCAAAUUUAUGUACUAUGUUUCUUGAAGGUGACUUAAAAACAUCUUUCAUAUCCAAAUUAAUGAUAUCUUAAAUGAACUGUCGUACAAAUUCGUCUGCAUUAUCUUAAUUACUUAUA